GUGCGAUGUGACAUCAACAGGAAGAUUGGCAGGAGCGCGGGUCGCCGCGGGCGAGUGAUGGGGGCAAGCGAGGCCGGGGGCAGGGUGAGCCCUCCCCAGGGUGUGCCCUGAGCGCCCCCGCCGCCCACGCCCGCCCCGCCCUCGCCGCCGCCGCCAUGGCUACAGAUUGCGGCGUUCCUGGGCGGCGCUUUCUCUGUCGCGAGUGGGCGUGGGCUAAGUUAUGGGCGUGCCUGGAGCAGCGGCCUGCGGCCAAGACCUGCGGGGCCUUGCUCGUGGGUGGCCCCGGCACCGGCAAGACCGCGCUCUGCACGGAGCUGGUCACGCCCACCGCCUCGCACGGACGCCACGCCAGUGCGCUGCAGGCGCGGCUGCUGGCACACCACUUCUGCCACGCCCACAACGCCGCCUCGCUGAGCGUAGGAUGCUUCGUGCAGUCCCUGGUGGAGCAGCUGGCGGAGUCGCCGCUGCUGGCGGGCUACGACGCCAAGGUGCAGGCCGCGGACGUGCGCAGCGCCCUCGAACCGUGCGCGCUGCACGCCAACCCCGAUGAGGCGCUCAAGCGCGCCGUUCUGUUCCCGCUGCUGGAGCUGGACCCGCCGGACCGCACGCUGCUGCUGGUGGUGGACAGCAUCGAUGAGACGGACCUGCAGCCGCCGUCGACCGCCGCGCCGCGCGACGCCAACCUGGCCGACGCCAACAACAGUGGGCCUUCGCGCAGCAUCGCCGAGCUCCUGGCGACGCACCACCACCUGCUGCCGCAGUGGCUCCUGCUGGUGGUGACCGCGCGCCGCACCUCGCGCUCCGUCAUCCGGCAGUUCGCUGGCUUCAGGAAGGUCGCGCUGGACGACCUGCGGCGCGGCCACGUGGUGCGCGAUGUGCAGCAGUACAUUCUGUGCCGUCUGGAUCGCGAGCCGGCGCUGCGGCACCACCUGUCGCGCGAGACGGCGGAGAUGCUCAACCAGCUGCACAUCAAGAGCAACGGCUGCUUCCUGUACCUGGAGCGCGUGCUGGACGGCGUGGCGGAGGGCUGGGUCACGCUCAGGGAGAUCCGCCACAUCCCCGGCACGCUCAACGGCCUGUACCUGUGGCUGUGCCAGCGCCUGUACCCGCGGCGCCACUUCCAGCGCGUCAUGCCCCUCCUGGCGGCGAUCCUGGCCGCGCGCGCGCCGCUCUCGCCCGAAGAGCUGCGCCGCGCCGUGGAGACGCGCCUGCCGGACCUCGCCGACGAGGACUGGGCCAAGCGCUGGUCGCUGCUGCGCCGCGUGCUGGCGCCCGACCACGAGCUGCGCGUGCUGCUGUUCCACCACAGCUUCGCCGAGUGGCUGCUCGACGUGAAGCACUGCACACAGAAGUACCUGGUGGACGUGGCGGACGGCCAUGCGAUGCUGGCCAUGUGCCUCUCCAUGGACGCGCCCAGCCUCGACGUGACGCAGGUGCACCAGCUGGCGCUCCACCUCUCGCGCAUCCACGUGAAGCCGCCUCUCGAGCACUUCCACCUGCCGCUGUGGAUGGUGUCGUGCGGCGCGCCCCUGGAGCAGUGCCGUGACCUGCCGCCCCCGCGCGACCCGAGGGCGCUGCGGAUCCUGCAGGAGGCGGGCGCUUCCCUCCCGGAUGACCAGCCCAAUGAGGACGACGAAGAUGACGACGACGACGAGGAUGAAGAGGAUGACGAGGUGGACGAGGCCGGGGACGAGGAAGGGCCGCCCACGGAGGUGAGGUACGAGGAGCUGGAGCAGGAGGAGGAAGAGGAGGAGGGAGAGGUGGAGGCCGAAGUGGAGGCCGAAGUGGAGGUGGUGGCCAACGAGAAUCAGGACGAAGGCGAGGCAGAGGGAGACUUGCAGGAGCAGGACGUGAAGGCAAAGGAGGAGGAGCCGGAGGAGGUGCGGCAGGAGACCCUCGAGGAGCUGUCGUGCGAGGUGGACCUUCUGCAGAUGAAAGAGCAUUCCUUGGAGGAGGAGGAGGAGAAGGAGAAGGAUCAAGUCGAGGAGGAGCGGCUGCGGCAGCUGGAGGCCGAGAGUCGGGACUACGAGGAGGAAAAAGAUGAAGAGUACGUGACGAUGGUGCCGCUGCCGGGGCACUUCGUGGGCGAGGGCACCACGGGCGGCCGCAGCACGGAGGGAGUCAGCACGGGCCGCCACAGCACGAACAGCCGCAUAAGCACGGGCGGGCGCCAGAGCACGGGAGGCCGCCAGAGCACGGGCGGCCGGCAGAGCACGGGGGGACGCCAGAGCACGGGCGGGCGCCACAGCAGCACGAGCGGGCGCCACAGCAGCGACCACAGCAGCAGCAGCAGUCGUCGGCGCGAGCGUCGCCGCCGGCGGCACCGCGAGGACCCUCUCUACCCGUACCUUCGCGGCGGCCCGGUGGACCAAGUGGACAGCGGCGGCCGCUCCCUCCUGCACAGCGCGGCGCACCAGGGCGACGCUUCCCUGGUGCGGCUCCUGCUGGAGCGCGGGGCGUGUCUGGGCCUGCAGGACAGGGCGGGCCAGACGCCGCUCAACCUGGCAGCGCGACACGGCCACGCAGAGGUGGUGGCCACGCUGUUGAGUGCGGGGGCCGACCCCGACCACGCGGACGCCGACGGCUGGACAGCGCUGCGCUCGGCAGCCUGGGGCGGCCACACGGGCGUGGUCACGGCGCUCUUGGCCGGCGGUACGCAGGUGGAUUUGGCCGACGGCGACGGGCGGACGGCGCUGCGGGCAGCCGCGUGGGGCGGUCACGAGGACGUGGUUGCCGCGCUGCUGCGGCACGGAGCGGCGGUGAACCGCGCCGACAGCGAGGGGCGCACGCCGCUCAUCGCUGCCGCCUACAUGGGCCACUCGGAGAUCGUGGAGAUGCUGCUGGACGCGGGCGCAGACGUCAACCACCAGGACGUGGACGGCAGGACGGCGCUGAGCGUGGCGGCGCUCUGCGUGCCGGCCAGCGAGGGCCACGGCAGCGUCGUCAUGACUCUGCUGGAGCGCGAUGCCGUCGUCGACCACCAGGACCACGACGGCCUCACGCCGCUGCUCGGCGCCUUCGAGGGACACACGGAGGUGUGCGAGCUCCUUCUGGAGUACGAGGCGGAUGUAGACCACGUGGAUCGGUCGGGCAGGACUCCACUCUUGGCGGCGGCGUCGAUGGGGCACGCGGCUGUGGUGGAGCGCCUGCUGUUUUGGGGCUGCUACGUGGACCACAUCGACGCCGAGGGCAGGACGGUGCUCAGCGUGGCGGCCGCGCAGGGCUCGCAGGAGACCGUGCGACUGCUACUCGACCGCGGGCUCGACGAGACGCACCGCGACAACGCCGGGUGGACGCCGCUGCACUACGCCGCCUUCGAGGGCCACUGCGAGGUGUGCGAGGCGCUGGUGGAGGCGGGCGCGCGCGUCAACGAGGUGGACAACGACGGCAAGCACGCACUGGUGCUGGCCGCGCAGGAGGGCCACGCCGCCGUGGUGGCGUCGCUGCUGGACGCGGGCGCCAACAUCCAUCACACGAGCCACGACGGGCGGUCGGCGCUGCGCGUGGCGGCGCUCGAGGGCCACAAGGACGUGGUGCACCUCCUGCUGUGCCGGGAGGCGGACCUGCACUACAAGGACGCCGACGGGCGGUCCACGCUGUACCUGCUGGCCCUGGAGAACCGGCUGGACAUGGCGCGCUUCCUGAUGGAGAGCAACGCCGACGUGGAGAGCACGGACCUGGAGGGCCGCACGCCCCUGCACGUGACCGCCUGGCAGGGCCACGCCGAAAUGGUCGCUCUCCUUCUGCAGGGGGGCGCGCGCGUGGACGCGGUCGAUAAGGAGAACCGGACGCCGUUGCAGAGCGCGGCCUGGCAGGGCCACGCGGAGGUGGUCCGCCUGCUGCUCGAGCACGGCGCCAACGUGGACCACACCUGCUCGCAGGGCGCCACGGCGCUCAGCAUCGCGGCGCAGGAGGGCCACGAGGCCAGCGUGGCCGUGCUGCUGCAGUACGGCGCCAACCCUGCGCACUCGGACCGCUGCGGGCGCACGGCCAUCAAGGUGGCACUCAAGGGCGGCCACAUCCACGUGGCGCGCAUGCUGGAGGAGAGCCUGAUCCAGCAGCAGCAGGCGGGCGGCGUGGGGCGGGGCCUGGCGGCGCCCUCGUCCGCGGGCUCGGGCUCCACGGCGGAGACCAAGCCCUGCUCGGCGCUGCUGUGCCCGGGCCUAACGGCGUCGCCGGCGGAAUCACCCGAGUCCACCUUCGAGAAGCGGCGCUCCGUGGCGUCCCUCGGCCAGCACUCGUCCUCCAAGUCCUCCGGAAACCUCACCACUUCCACACAUUCCUCGGGCGGCCCGCGCGCCCCCACGCCACGCGAGGCGCACCUGCAGCAGCACCAGCAGCCUCUGGCGCCGCCCGCUCCGUCGGCGCCCCCUGCGUCGGCCAUGUCGCCUGUUCUCAGCUUCACGCAGCAGCUGCAGCAGUGCGGGCGAGGGCGCGGGCGGCGCCACCCGCCCGCCACAGCCGCCCUUACCCCCCUCGACGAACCCGCGUCGCCGCUCUAUGCCUCUCCGCCGCUGUCGCCGCUGAGCGACGGUCCGGGCGGAGGGCGACACCUGCCGGCAGGCGCCAUCCUGGAGGACGACUACACCGUGCCCCUUCAGCACUCCGCGGUCAGGCCGCCGCGCCCUUCCGCGCCCCCCGUCAGCAUCACACCAGAGGUGUCCUUCCAGAUCGGCCGUCGAGGCGGAGGCGGCGUCGUGCCCGGGCUGGGCAGCAUUCCCGGCAUGGGCGUGAGCGUGCCGGGCGUGGGCGGCGCAGGCUCGCCCGGCUCCUCCGGCUUCACCUUCACUCAGGACCAGCACAUGCGCAUCAUCCUGGGCACGCGAUCCCCCGAGCCGCGCCCGCGCCGCAAUGGCAUCGUCACCAACCCCAGCCUUAAGGCCGCUCAUGCGAAGGCCGCCCACCUCCUCAGGAACGGCCUCAGUGGUCGCCCUCGACAGCCGCCAGCGAGGCCCAACGGCCUGCCGCUCAAGAAGGAAACGCCGCUAUGA